AGUCAGCACGUCCAGAGCAAACAGAGGUCUCAAGGUGACUUCAGUCUGGAAGUAAAUAUUUUGCAGGAACCUCAGAUGACGGUGGAACUUCUCAAUUUCAAAUGCUUUAUUCAAGGUGGUUGUGCAGACAAGAAUAAGAUUGAACUGGACAGCACUUUCUUCCAGAUCAAAAGGAUUUACUGGAUCUGAAUAUGUUUUAAAGCAGUUUAUCUUUAUUCCCAAAGUGUUUUAUGGGGGAGAUGAUGUAACACAUCCUGAGCAAUUUAAAGCUCCCUCAGCAACUUGCAAACAGGUGUGAUGUUGGGGUAGUGUGUUUGAUACACACAUUCACACUUCAAGAGACAAGCACACAUGGACAAGAAGGCAUACAUCAGGACAUACAAUAAAAACAUUUACAACAGUUGAAACGUCUGAGCUUCAUAGAUGCUGAAGAUUGGUGAAUUAUCAUCAUACAAGCUGUUUUUAAUUACUCCAUCAGAGGAUCAAGAGACAAAACUAUCCUAAACUCAAAGGCUGUAUCUUUACAACAUGACCCUACAGACCAUCAAUCUGGUCUCACAUUACCUGUUGCAGCACACCCCGUCCCCUCACCUACUUCCCCUCCUUUUGCUGUUGGUCCUCCAGGCCUGGUGGGGGAGCUGUCACCCUCAAUGUUUGGACUACAAGCCUCCAUUUGAGCCUCAGCAACCACUUGUCUUUUGCAAAGAGUAUACCAAGUUUGGAUGCUGUGAUCUAGAGAAGGAUGAAGAGAUAUCAAGAAGGUUUUACUCUAUUAUGGAAAACUUUGACCUUUCAGGUUCAGCAACUUGUGGCAAGUACAUACGAGCUGUCCUAUGUCAGGAAUGUUCUCCAUACACAGCCCACCUGUAUGAUGCUGAAGAUGCCAACACACCUAUGAGGAUUCUGCCUGGACUUUGCAGAGGUUACUGCUCUGACUACUGGCGUCAGUGCCGAUACACCCUCAGCCUCCUCCUAGAGAACUUGGGGAGUCCAGAGCAGUUUUCUAACCUGACUGCCUCAAUAGAAGAUGAUCAUGAACGGUUCUGUGACUAUCUGGAGCUUAAGGACAAACAGUAUUGCUACCCUAAUGUCUUGACAAAUGCAGAACUAAAUGCUAACUUGGGUUCAGUCCGUGAGGAUCCCAAAGGCUGCCUGGAACUGUGCCUGCAGGAAGUUGCCAACGGUCUCCGAAACCCUGUGGCCAUGAUUCAUGCAGAUGAUGGAAGUCAUCGCUUCUUUGUGGCGGAGCAGCUGGGUUAUGUCUGGGUGUAUUUGGCCAAUGGCUCCAGGAUAGACCGUCCUUUCCUAAACCUUACGCAGGCUGUCCUUACAUCGCCAUGGGCUGGAGACGAGAGGGGAUUCCUCUGCAUAGCCUUUCACCCACGGUUCACCACAGUCAGAAAAGCCUAUGUGUACUACUCUGUGUCUGUGAAGAAAGAAGAGAUUAUACGAAUCAGCGAGUUUACACUCUCAGCACAUGAUGAUAACCAGCUGGACCAUUCCUCUGAGAGAACGAUCUUGGAGGUGGUAGAGCCAGCAUCCAAUCAUAACGGAGGACAGCUGCUUUUUGGCCAUGAUGGGUAUCUGUAUAUUUUCAUUGGAGAUGGUGGAAGAGCUGGUGAUCCAUUUGGAAAAUUUGGCAAUUCACAGAACAAGUCAACACUUCUUGGCAAGGUGCUGCGUAUUGAUGUUGACAACAACGAUGAUGGUGCCCCAUACAGCAUUCCCUCUGACAACCCGUUUAUGAGGGAGAAGGAGGCUCGACCUGAGAUUUAUGCUUAUGGAGUUCGCAACAUGUGGCGUUGUUCCAUUGACCGGGGUGACCCUCUCACAGGCGCAGGCAGAGGCAGGAUGUUCUGUGGAGACGUGGGCCAGAACAAAUAUGAAGAAGUCGACCUCAUUGUCAAAGGCGGUAACUAUGGAUGGAGGGCUAAAGAAGGUUUCAGCUGCUAUGAUCGGAAACUCUGUCAAAACUCAUCUCUAGAUGACAUCUUGCCUAUCUUUGCCUACCCUCACAAGUUGGGCAAGUCAGUGACAGGAGGAUACAUCUAUAGAGGCUGUCAGAUGCCCAACCUCAAUGGGCUCUACAUCUUUGGGGAUUUCAUGAGUGGGCGUCUGAUGUCUCUAAAGGAAAAUGCAGAAACAGGGGAAUGGCAGUACAAUGAGAUCUGCAUGGGAAGAGACCAGACCUGCAGGUUUCCUAAACUCAUCAACAGUUAUUAUAAAUACAUCAUCUCCUUUGCUGAGGAUGAAGCAGGUGAAUUGUAUUUCUUAGCCACAGGAGCCGCAAGUGCCACAGCCAGAGCAGGAGUCAUCUAUAAGAUAGUGGAUCCUUCCAGACGAGCGCCACCAGGAAAAUGCAGUUUUAAACCUUUACCUGUUAAAAUAAAGGGAAAGCUGAUUCAUUUCCAUCCCAAAGAGGAGUUUGUAAUUAACAAGAAACCAACCACCACACCUGUUCCUACUACAACCACAACAAAAAAAACCAUCCAUCAGAAACCAAUCAUAAUAAGAAAACCACCAAUGCCAACAAGAAAACCUACAAGAAAAGUGACACAAGCUCCACCAAAAACCUCAACAAGAAAGAUGACAACAUUAUCUCCAAGUCCAGCUAUUAAAGCCACUCUAAAACCAGCCUCAGCUACAACAGUAAAACCAACAUCUGUCCAGAUGGGCAUGGCAAAUCCCACCACUUCAUCCUCUGGUUAUCGUGCAACUGUCAUGACUGCAGCCUUCUCUAGGACUGCACAAACUCCAAUCGUCACCACUCCCUCUUCAAGGAGAAAUGGAAGACUGCUUCAAUACCCCACUGGUACCACCUCACAACCUUUAAACUUAGCAGAAACCCCCUCUACUUCAUCUGCAACACCUUGGGAACGUCCCCAAGCCGCUUUGAUCACUACACCACAUCCCAAACAUCUUGGAACCACAGCUUGGGCACCUUAUUCAGUUCAGAGGCCCACUCUAUCAUCCACCAAGACCCAGAAAACACCAGCCAGCACCACACUGCCUAAAGCACAGGAUGGGAAGCUGCGGCCUGCAGAGAAGCUAGAAAAUGCUGUGGAGGGUAAUCAAGUAUACAAGAAACCCAGAGGUGGCAGUCGUGGUUAUAAAAAAGGAAGAGGAGGAAGAAGGCCGAGGGUUGGCUCAGUGCGACUUGUGAGUGCUGAUGGUUUAUCAGAUCGCGGCAGGGUGGAAAUCUUUAUUCGAGGGAAGUGGGGAUCAGUGUGCGAUGAUCUUUUCACCAGCAAGGCAGGUACAGUUGUGUGUCGACAACUUGGCUUUACAACUGCACUGGCAGUGAUGAAGAGGGCUGCACUAGGGGAGGCGGAUAGCAGUGUCAGGAUUCUCCUGGAUGAUGUGGAGUGUGAGGGUGGAGAAAGAUCUCUGCUGGACUGCAAGAGGUCAAAGGUGGGGAAACACAACUGCACUCAUAAGGAAGAUGUAGGCGUUAUCUGUGGUUAGCAAUAAAGAAGAAGGGGACGUUACAAGCUUCGACACCAGGAAAAUAGGUUGCCAUUUUAUGUUUCUGGAAGCCAGAAUAUGUGCAGUGUGUGUAUUCCAUAUGUAGACAUGUUAUGGUUUUUAAAAGAAUGUGCAUAAAUUGCUCGUUUCCUGAUGACUGGGCUGGUUUUGAAAGCCAGGCCAUAUUCAGUAUUUCUCCUAAAGCACAACCAAGGGUAUAUAAAUCUUAACCAGGAAAACGUAACUUACGUACAAGGAGAAGAAGGGAAAAAAAACCCAACAAGAAGACUUAGCAUGACCUGUCUGAGAAGUGAAGAACAGUUUCCUGCUGGGAACGCAACAUGGCAACAAACUUUCCUGGUAACGGGGUUAGAAGAUACACAGUGUUAAACAUUAAUCUGAGAAGGAAAACUUAAUGAAGGUACUGUAUUAUGACCUGUAAUAUUAUGUUCUGCCCAUUUUAAGGGUCUUCUUGGAAAGAAUAAAAAUCUCCAUGAUUUCUAUUUUCAUGUCUCAAAUGUAUUGUUUAAUUUCAGCUCUAAAUCAUUAGCAUUCUGUUCUCUGUUGAAUGUAUUUUUUAUGCUGAGUUUAAAAAGGAAAUGCUGGACAUUUUGAACAGUGAAUGAAAUAAUAAUAUUUCCAAAUCUUGUUACUGUAAGACGUUUAGCACAGGGUG